AUCUCUUCCCAACCUUAUAUAAGUACCACCACCAUCAAUAUCUUCUUGCCGUCUCCUUCACGAAGCUUAGAUAUAUUUUUCCGUUUAGCUCUCUGCUUAUAUUAUAUAUAUAUAUAUAUAUGAACAACCCAGCUCUGUUUUUCUGAGAGAAUUGAAGAUCAGUCAAUUGCAAACCAAGAGAAAUGAAGAGGCAAAGACGUGUGGAUGUUGGUGGUGCCACCAUGGAUCAAGGAUCAAGGUUUGAGGGUACAACAGCAACAACAACAACAACAAUGACAAUGGCAAGCAAGAAGGCUAAGAAAACGAUUGACAAGGCUGCAGGGAAAGAAGAUGUGAGGAUCGACGGUGGAAAUCAUCAGUUGGGUUUGGUGGCCGCUGAGAAUUUGAUGGCCGGGGAGGAGAAUUACUGGGGUUGUUUGAGUGGUGCUGUGGUGGAUGAGCAAAUGUCAUGGGGUUCAAUUUGGAUGCCAUUUUGGGAUGUGGAGUUCAUGGGCGAAGCUCAUUAUGGCUUGUUCAGUGAUGUGAUUUGGGAUGAUGACAUUUGGGGGUUAAGAACCACCAAAUAGGUACCGAAUCCGUGAGAGAAAGAGAGAUUUGUAUUUAUCUUGUUCAGCUUUUUGUAUAAGAAAUUUAUACAAGAAAUUAGUCAUUUUCGUUCCGACUUGGCUUUACACAGGCCAUCAAAUUGUAAUCUUUGUGUUGCAGACCAUGCAAAUACGUGUUUGAUCAUAAUA